ACCUAUAGUAGGGGCUUACAAAAAGUAGGUAUAAAUACCUCAAACAAAUUUCAAAUAUUCAUCAGUUCUCUUUUCAUUACGAAUGAAAACACACGCUCCAUAGUAUACUACAUUAAAGUCUAUAUUCACCAACAUUUUGAAAAUGGCUGCUAAGUUGAUCGUGUUCGCUGCUCUGUUCGGGCACCUGGCACUCGCCUACCCACCAUCGGUCAUCGAGCACAACGGUUUCGAGACGAACCACUACGACGACGGCCACUACGCCCACGCACCUACACCGUACCACUUCGAGUACGCCGUGAACGACCCGCACACCCACGACAUCAAGAGCCAUCACGAGUCGAACGAUGGACACGGAAACGUCAAAGGCUCGUACAGCCUCCUGGAAGCCGACGGUUCCACCAGGGUGGUCACCUACACCGCCGACCACGAACACGGUUUCAACGCCGAAGUGAAGAAAAUCGAAGCUCCCGCUCACCACCAUUACGAAGCACCUCUCGCCACUAGCUACCACGAGCCAAUCCAUCAUUCGUACAAACCGUACCAAUACUGAUAAUGGCACCGUCUGCUGUACAUCGUCAUCUCGUCGUCGUCCGGACAUCAUCGUUUCGUGUAUAAUACUUUCAUCAUAAUCUUUUGUAAUAUAUAUUAUGUUUUUUUUUAAUAAACCGUCGUCCAGCACUAUUUUAUAAUAUCACGGAAUAUACCUACUACCAUCACUCCAACGCCACCAACUACCACGAGCCAAUCUAUAGCGCCUAACCGUCUUCACACUUUCACUCAUACUGAUGAAUAGGACGCUACGGCUAGUUGUAAAUUCCACCAUACGUACCUUUUUGUUUUUAAGUGUGUAGGUAUACAUUCCACUGGUAGGUUUUUCUUUAAUAUGAACUAUUCAACUUCUAUUGUAUAAUUUUGUUUGAAAAAUGUGUUUGUACAUAUUGUUUUACAGAUUAUAAUUAUUGAGAAAAUUAAAUAAAAAAAAUUAUUGCUCAUACGAAUAACAUUUCAUGAGUUUGACACUGUA